GUGUACUUAAGGGUUUGCUUUCGUGUAUAUGGCUUUAUAUAGUUUUAAAUAUGCACAUCUUUGAAUUGGCCUUAAUCUGCUUCUGGCUUGCUUUUGCUGAGAGUUGUGAAAAAUUCUGCGCAAGAAACUUUAAGCCUGUUUGUGGUUUCGAUGGCCACUGCUAUGCGGAAGCCGUAAAUGCCUGUCACAUGAGAAAUCUAAAUUGCCAAAGAGUUGCUAGUAACAAACCAGUUUUCGAAGUUAAAAGAGAAAAAGCGUGUCUAAAAUAUCUUACAAUUUGUAAAAUCUUACCCGAAGAUUGAAUAUAACCCUAUUUUACGUGCGGUAGAAUUUCGAAUUGGGGGUGCUAUGAAAUCGAAAGUAUUUCUAAACAAUUAAAUCGAAAUUUUAUUUCAA